AGGCACGUCCCACACAGAACCACUGGUCUACAACAUCAUGGCAGAGGAGAAUGUCUGUGAUGGGAACUCAUCGCUCGUAGGAACUCUGGAGGAGUUUUCUCAGCAAGGAGAGAUUCAAGCCAAUGAACUGAGGGAAAAACAACAAACUCUGAUUGAAUUGCAGAACACCCUCUCUGAUCUCAAGGGUAGCUGUGAGGCAGUUCAUUUCGAGUUGAAAAAUUCAAAGAGUCAACACAGUGGUCUAUUGUGCGAGAUUGAGCAGAUCAAGCGUCACAACAGCAGUCUGGAGUCACGACUGCAUGAAAUCAACUCAGAAAACAUGAAGCUACAACUCCUGCUCCAGGAGCAGAAGGAGAGGCAGCAGUCCACUCUGGCUCGUAACGACAUCUACCGAAAGAAAAUGGAGGAUCACAAAAUGGCAGUUGCUGAGGCAGAGAGCCAGACACCCAUUUACAAGGAGCUGACUGAGGCGAGACAGUGGGUCCAACAGCUCAAAGAAAAGCGAGAUGCACUUGUGAUAGAUUUACAGAAUCCAGAGGGAGAGGCUGUCAAACAAGCUCAACAAGAGAUUGAUGACUUAGAGCGGCAAGUAUCAGUGAAAAGGAAGAUGGUAGAGGAUAAGCAGACAUUUCUGAGGAAAGAAGGAGAGGUCCACACACAGCUAAGGAAGGACAUUGAGAUCCAGCACAAGAGGUACGACGCCAUAGUGAAGCGACUUCGCUGCCAGCUGAGCAAGGCCCAGUCCAACCACAGGCACUUGAUCAAUGACAUCAGGCGUAUGGAGAAAGAGGUGGAGGAGCUGACAAGGCAGGUGGAGUCCGAGGAUGGUGAUACUGUAGCACAAGGCCUGGAUAGUGUGAAUUAAUGUAUUAUUAGGGUAUACCUAAGUUCUAAGUAUAUGCAGUCCUGUUGAUUGGAUGUGAUAUUCUGUUGGUGUGAUACUUGUGCGUAUCUGUGUGUGUGUGUGUGUGUGUGUGUGUGUGUGUGUGUGUGUGUGUGUUUUAUGAAAACAAACUUAAAAGUUCAUGUUGCAGACUUGCUGCAUUUCAUGUUCAACUUUGGUGGUUGUAAUGUAGCUUAU